UUUAAUUAAAACAUAAGUGAAAACUGAAGAGUAAAGCUAUAUAAACAAUUUCUUAUAUAAUCAUAUUCCUUCUUUAUAUUCUCCUUAGGCUGGUAAUCAGGGAAGAAAAACAAUAAUGAGUUUGUCCAAAAACUAUCAAUUUUGAUUAAUGUCUUUUGUAAACUUUUCGGUACGCAUGCGCAACUGCCUUAUAAACAGACUUUGGUUAAGUUUAUAUUCAAUCCUAUGCAACAAAGAAUCAAUAAGCAGUGUUCAAUACAAAAAGAAAAUAACUCCGUUCCUACGCUCUUGUUAAUUUUUUAGCUAGAGGAAUUGUAAUAUCUGGCUAAUUAAGAUUUAAAAUCGAUAGUUUCACUAUGGAAGGAAAUACGGGCCAACCUACUGAUAAUGAUAAGGAUAAUACAUCGAAAUCAGGGUCAGAAUCGGUGUCAGAAAGGAAGAGCAAGAAUAGCGAACAGAGGAAGAUAGAGAUUGCUGAUAUGCCAAAAACUAACGUUAACUCUGAAUUAAAAAUGAUGCGUGAAAGUGAAAAUAAAGCUUUUGACGAGCUGAUUAAGGAAAAUGUUAAAUUGACAACAGAAAAAGAAGACAGAGAUGGUCGAAUAAAAGAAUUAGAGGAGGGAAAGGAGAGAUUGGAAAAUAAUUUAAAAGAGGAAAAACAGCUUAAUAAAUUAUUAACAUCGGAAUUAUCUAGUCUAAAAGAAGAACUAGAAAUUCUUAGAUCAGGAGCGUCCAGCUCGGAAGAAUUUCGACAGCUGAAUGACGAAAUUAGGCAUUUACAGGACAGAUUAAAAGCUUUAGCAAAGGAAGAGAGUGACAGGGAUAAAAAACUACGAAAUUACGAAGCCGAGUUGCUUUUGCAGAGAGCUUGGAAUAUUAAACUAGAAAGAGAACUAGGCGAGGAGAAAUUGCAAGAGAUAAAAGAUGUAAACACUGAUGAACAAGUAAUUGAAGAUAUUCAAAUCAAAGUUAAAAAGAAUGUUGUCUAUUCAAAGGAACCAGUUAAAUCAACAAUAUGUUCAAUAUCAUGAAAUGAUAAAUUAUGCCUCCCACUUCCAAAAGUGCUAUCAAAAUCUAUUUCUUCCAUUUCCGUUAUAUCUUUAUAUCUUGAUAUAUUAAUAUAUAUAC